UUUAUGACUCAUUUAUUCGAUCCGUACUUCCGUUUCCUUCUUGCUGUUGAUUUGCCUUCAGAUCUCUUCCUCACCCCUCUCCUCUCCCUCUCUCGCCAUAAAUAAUAUCUCCCACUAUCUCCUUCCCUCUCUCUCUCUCACUGCGGGGAAGGGUGAUUGUUGCCAAUUUAGGUCUUUCGAACAUGAGUAGAUUCGCUCUUGUAGGAUAUGGUGGAAACAAGAGUAAAUUUGUCCUCUGACGCCAAAACAUUGACUAUUGAGUCAGAAGUUUGGAAUUCAAGUAAAGUAUAGUGGCUCUGAGUUUAAGCUAAAGCGUAAAUGCACUACAGCACUGGUGUGGUCUAGUUAAAACCGAGGUUGCAUUGAAAACAAUUAAAAAGUAUGGCUUUUUAUGUUGAGGAGGAACAUACUCAGGAUUAUCUUUUCAAAAUUGUGCUUGUCGGAGACUCUGCUGUUGGGAAAUCAAACCUGCUCGCUAGAUUUGCUCGGGAUGAGUUCUACUCGAACUCAAAAUCUACCAUUGGAGUUGAAUUCCAAACUCAGAAGAUGGUAAUCGAUGGCAAGGAAAUUAAAGCUCAGAUAUGGGAUACUGCUGGCCAGGAGAGAUUCAGGGCUGUAACUUCUGCAUACUACCGUGGAGCAGUGGGGGCUCUAAUCGUUUAUGAUAUCAGCAGGCGCCAGACAUUUGAAAAUGUUGGCCGUUGGCUAAAUGAACUAAACACCUACUCUGACAUGAAUGUGGUCACCAUCUUGGUUGGCAACAAGUCAGAUCUCAAGGAAUCAAGGGAGGUUAGCGUGGAGGAAGGCAAAGCUUUGGCAGAGGUGGAGGGUCUCUUCUUCAUGGAGACAUCAGCAUUGGAUUCUUCAAAUGUCACAGCUGCGUUUCAGACAGUUGUGAAGGAAAUCUAUGACAUUCUCAGUAGGAAGGUGUUUCAAUCACAGGAGAACAAGAAGCAGGAGAACCUGUUACUGGGGAAUGGUAAAGCAGUAACCUUGGAGGGAGAAACCAGUGAUGCUGAUGAAGGAGUUCGCAGAUUUGGAAGCUGUUGUUCAUUCUAGAUUGCAUUUUAUCUGUUGUUAUUAUCUGUGUAAGCUCUUGCUGGAAAAGAUGAGUAUCUGUAUCAUAUUAGUCGUCUUUCAUUCUUAAUGUUGGCAGUUUGACUCCAUUGAUUAUUGACGUUUUGGUGUGCCGUUACCUUCAUUAUGUGACCGCUGCCACUUCAGUAAUUGUAACUUCAUGUUCGGAUUUUGUUGAAAUAAAAGUUUACAGGCUCUUCUUUGAUAAU